AUGCGGGCUUCCGAAGAUCAUGAUUGCUUGGAAGAGUUCUCUUUCAUGUGCGACGACGCCAUCGAAAAGGCCUUCGAGGUACUAGCUCCCCUAUGUGCUCAAUUCGGUUUGAAGCCACCCGUCACAUCGAAAUUCAAAGCUGCGUUUCUUUGGUGCAACUACGAGCACGGGAUCUUCGGCGCCGCGGCGAAGAAGAAGGAGAUCGAGGAGUUGCAAGACAUCAUUCGCUUGACUUUGAUUGCAGAGGGCGGGGAUAUUCCGCCGGAAGGGGGCGAGGCGAGUGGCUCGACUGGCCCCGAGGGGGAGUCUGGGCAGCAGGACGAGGAAGGGGCUGAGAAUGCUGGAGAGGAGGAUGGGCAUGAGACUGCCCAGCAGGAGGAAGGGGAUGAGAGUGCCCAGCAGGAGGAAGAGGAUGAGAGUGCCCAGCAGGAGGAAGGGGAUGAGAGUGCCCAGCAGGAGGAAGGGGAUGAGGGUGCCCAGCAGGACGAGGGCAUGGAUGACAGUGGCCAGGUCCAGGAGGAGGAUCCGGAGACCCCUGCAGCAAGUGCGGAGGAGGAUGAAGAGAUCGACGAGGAGGCCCCGACGGUGCAGAAGAAGCCUGCAGCCCGAACGAGUGACAAGGACAGGGUGUGUCGCGACUUGCGAAUCGACCUUAUAAGAAGGCGGCUGCACCAUCCGGAGAUGGGCGUGGUCGCGGACGCGGCCGUGGUGGCCGUGGUGGCCGUGGAUCGCGUGGCCGAGGAGCUGGGACCCCGCGGGCCCCGGCAGGGAGUGAGGUUGCAUGCCCUGGACUAUGUCGCGGUGACAUCGCACCGCUCACUGGGCAGAGAUAUCGAUGUAUUGGAUAUGUUUGCCGGCUGGUGUGGUGUGUUCUGGGGAGCUCGUGGCAAGCAAGGACUGAGACCUGCUUACUACGAGAAGAAGAAGAAUCGGUCGCAUGACCUUGCUACACCGACCUGGCUGCAGCAGCUUGCUGAAGCCCAGACUCUGGAUCCUGUGAAGAGGAAGCAGGGUGGCUUCUGUUCCAUGGGUGUUGUGACGCGAAAGAGGCGACAGGAUGGAACGACAGCUGUGCCACUCAGCUCUAGGACAGGGGGACCGCGACUCAGCGGCACCGAAAGCUAUCCUGCGAGAUUCUGCCGACGGAUCAUGCACUUCCACAAGUGCAUGAGUGAAGAUAUCGGAUACGUGCCGACGGUGCCUACGGUGGAAGACUUCGAGCUGGUAGACGAAUCCCUGUGGUCUCCUGCCGACCUCGCAACGAAGGAGGAUGAGAACGAGGCCGACGAGGAGCAGGAGGAGGUGGAAGAGGAGAAAGUGGCCGAGGUCCCCACGGCCGAGCUUGAUGGCAAGGAAGAGGUCCAGGCGCCGGCAACCUUGCCGGAGGAGGCUACUCCCAUGUCAGUGGAGAAGGAAGCUGCACCGGUCGAUGAACCGAAGGAGGAGGACCAAAAGGAUUCCGCCCCGGAGCCGACCAAGGCGUCUAUCCCAUUGGAGGAAGAGGAGCCCGCACCCAAGGACGAAGCGUUGGAGGAGCCGGACGGUGGUCGUCAGGGCACCCUCUUCGAUGCCAUGCCGGAGACGAAG